AUGCUUAAUGAUAUUAGGACAGGAGCCUGGAACGCACUCAUAUUUGUUGCUUGCCUCUUUGUUGUCGUUUGCAUCAUUGAAAAAUCAGCGAGCUUCAUUGUAUCAUGGUUGCUUGCAAUUAGCAGAUUGCCAUUGAAUGAUUUCUCAUUCGGCUACAUUUUUGGCACACACAUACGAAAUGUACAAUUUUCAACUAAGAAAUUUAAAAUUAAGAUUGGAAAGUUAGGUAUACAUAUGGGAUGGAGGCCGUCAAUCUCAAUUAAACAUGUGGAACUUCAUUUUUUUGAAGAAAAAUCAUCCAGUAACUCCACUCACACUGGCAAUCCCUCACCCUUUAAUUUCACAGAUAACUCCUUUAAAUUUAAAUUGAAUAAUGCACUGGCAUAUCUUCUUAAAUGGAGUUUUACCUUGAAUCCAUUCAUACGUGACGUUUCAUUAAUAUUUCCAAAUGGAAUCAAGCUAAAUAUCAAUCUUAUUUCAAUAUUAAUUAUACAUAAACCUGAUAAUUAUAUUAGGAUGGAAUUUUUUUUACACAAGAUCUUGAAGUCGAAAUCAAAAGAUACAAUUAAUCAUAUUGGCUUCCAGAUGAAAUGGGACAUUAUUGAGAAUCACGAUAAAGAAUUAAAUACAACGGAACUUAUCUUGAAACAGUGGGCUACAAAUUUAAAAAUUAGUGGUAUCAACGUACAUGUCCCUGAGCUACCAGCAGCUGUAAAUAAAACUGAAAAUAAUGGUUCUGUGCCUAUUUCAGACAGCGUUAAGCCUGAGCAACUCCUUAAAAACUUAUUGGAGCCUAUAAACUAUCCACUAAAAUGUUUAAAUCUUUUAGAUGUCAAGUUUGAGAAUUUACAAUUAAAUUAUAAGAACUUUGGUAAAGUGACGAUCUCAAGCAUCCAAGCUUCUGUGGAGUCAGUAGCAGUCCUUAACAACGGAACAUCUUUGGAAGUGAUUUCAUCUGAUAAGGAUUUGGGUAAUGAUUAUGAGAUUUCUUUCUCGGUUAGUAAUAUUUUAUUUGAUAUUGACGGUGACACAAGUCUACGUAUACCGCUCAUUAACAUUAUAAUUAUCUCCAAUGUAUUACUUUGUGUUUCAGAAGACAUUCCACUGAACAAAACAACGAUAUCAUGUACAAUAAAUGUUAUCAAUCCAUCAUUAUUCUCUACAAUUAAUCAACUAUUUUCUCUUAUUGAGAAGUAUGAAGCAUUACAUAGUGGAACAGGAAUUAAAUCUUCCCAAAAAACAGCUCACGUAAACCCUGUUAAUCUUCUUAUUACAGAUAUUAAUGAACUUCCAAGUUUUAGAUUCCAGUUAACUCUCUCGGACUUUACCUCUACCCUACAGAUUUCAGAUGAGGAAAAUGUGAUAUUCAAAAUCUUUAAUAUUCAUUCAUUAUUAACAAGAAAUAAUGGCACCAUUGCAUGUCAAUCAAAGGCUAUAAUUCCGAUGCAGAAACAAAUCAUAUUCGAUAAAGAACACUCUGCAGAGCAGAACACAACAAAUUAUGUAAAGAUUGUUGGAGCAACACUAGAUUAUUUGAAAGUGUUUAAAACAGAUGGUGUAUCCUCUCUGUCGGUGCCGAUAUAUGGUUUUGAGCGAUUAGACACUUUUUUGGAUAAUAUUUCGCUAAGAGGUAUAAACAUUCAAAGUACUUUAAGACAUUCCCAUGUAACUUUGAAUGACUUGAGAGUGUUAGAGACAUUACAGAUUGUGAUCUCGAAAAUCCAUAAGCAACUUAAGAAGGCAACAAGUUCGGCUACUCCAAACAAAACUGUGCCUAUGGAAACUGCGGUCAAAAAUAUGUUCAAAUGGUGCCUAAGGUUAAGAUUAAAAGAUUCUUAUUUCUCUUUGUUAGUUGCUAAAUUUUUGCCAACAAUUCUAGAUCCUUUAGAAAUUGAUGGAUUUAAUCUUACAGACGUUGAUAGAGGUUUGAAGAUUUUAUUAGAUGAAUGUAUUUUUACCAUUAAUCCCCAAGAGAAACGCUUUGAAAUUAUUGACGCUUCUGUUAUCCGUGUAAUGGAUAAUCAGAACCAUGAGAGCUUGUCCGAUGAUAUUCUGAAACUAUUUAACCUCACUAUUGCGAUGAAGGACAAUAUUGUGGGCUAUAUUAAUUUACCAACAAUUCAAAUUAAGUUUGACACCAAUCUAAUAUGGCUAGCUUUUUACCUCUACAGUAUUGUAAGGCAUUUUCGUCCUAAAGACAACCACCCAAUAUCUCCACAACAUUCCAGCUCCAUAGGUCUCCUAUCAAAAUUUGAUUUGGGUAUAGCCAAGGUUUUUAUUUCCAUUACCUUACCCAAAGAUGUACCUUUACUGUUUUCGAUAGAGAAUGUACGGUAUUCACCAGAAAAUAAACUCUUGAGUAUACCAUUAAUUACCGCUUAUGUUCAAUCAAUUUAUGUCAAGACAGUCAAAAUACACGUAGCCUUAAUGACAAUUAGGGAUUUUAUUUUUGAUGUUGGCUAUUUUCUAAACCACCAGGUAUUAAGAUUUCAAACAUCGCUACUUUAUUUUCAUACUGAAUAUCACUUCAGAUUUUAUAUGAUUGUGGAUAAUAUAAUCACUAUGUUCAAGUCAUUCAAACAAAUAAAGCUUGCAUUCUCUGAUUUACAAAAAUUUCAAAGAGUCUAUCCUCUACCUCAACUACCUAGAGUAUUUCCUACGAUUGAAUUUUCGACUGAUCAUUUUCUAAUUGAUGUGGAAGAAGAUCCUUUCGAACAAGAAUUAGGUCUAAUUCUUAAAAUUGGUCUUUUGGAACAAAGAGAAAGACUUCAAAAGUUGCGUGAGUUUGAGAAUCAGAUUGCUGAAUAUCAUGCAGGACAUAAGGCAACUCCAACAGUAGUACAUUUUUCAAGGAGAGGUCGUGUUUCGUCAACAAUUCUUGAGAAACAGAUGAAGGAGAAGCUAUUGGAACAUUUUUCAACCUCAUGGAUAGAAAGGUACAAGGCUGCUAAAAUUCGUUUUCAUGGUAAACCUUGUCAAGUCCAUAAAUAUGAUGAUUUGGGAACAAAUUAUAUUUUACUAUCAAGCGCAAUUACAAGUACAACGGCCAAUCUAACUGUUGAUGAUUUACGAAUUGAAAUUACAAAGCCAUCCUUCCCUGUUGACGAAUACACAAAAUUUCUUCAUCAAUAUGGGAAGGGAAUGCCGCUUGACAUGGCGUUUACUCUUCUAAUUAUAAUCGGGAUUAAAGUUAAGACGGGUUUAUGGGAAUUGAAGCUGAGAGAUUAUCCGACGCCUGCGAUUUCAUUGCCAGAUACAUACACAACAGGUGACGUUAUUUUUGCUGAAAAGAUGCCAGAGGUAUUUGCGCUAAACACAGUGUAUGUUCCUUUUGUUUCUUCUGCAGAGGCCAAACCAUUCCUCGAAAAGAAUUCCAUAUAUGGAUCUCAUAUCAUACGUACCAUUAAUUCUGUUAAGAUCUAUUUCAAUUUGAAAUCUUCAGUUGUUUCUGAUAUACCAGCAACAGUUACAUGGGGGAAAUCAUUACAACCUGGAUACGAGUCAUUGAUGUUAUGGUUUGAUUUCCUAACGAAGCCACAUGUGGACCCAUCUCAGAAACUAGGAUUCUGGGACAAAUUUAGAUUUCUUUUGCAUGGAAGAUGGAUAUAUGGCUUUUCAGAAAGAAGCAAAUUCCAACUCAAUAUUAAAGGUUCUGGUGAUCCAUAUAAAAUAACUGAUGAUGGUGCUGGUCUUUCUUUUUCUUGGUCAGGUGGUACAAUCAUUAGAUUACAUGACUCCAUAGAUCCUAAAGAAUUCUUAAAAAUAGAGUCAAACAAGUUUCAAUUAGGUGUACCAGAUUUUACGGCUGUUAAUAGAUUUGAGAAAGUCUUUAUGAGAUUGGAUGGGGAAGUCGUAUGGAAAAUGGGUCUUUUGUUUGAGCAAGGAAAUAUACAUUCACCUGGUGAUGCAGAACGUCUACCACCGACAAGGCCGCAUUAUGAUAUUCAAUUAAUGCACCCAAGCCACGUAUCAGAAAUAAAAGACUAUGAUUCAUAUGAAGGUUUUAGGAGUGCCUUCAUUCAUCUCUCUUUUGGAGUUUAUUCUUUUUCCGAAAAUUCAGAAAAUAGUUUAUACUUGGCACCCUAUUCUUUACGUCAUUUUCUUGCAUGGUGGGAUUUGUUUCAUACGUAUACCUCAGGUCCAAUUAGGCAGGGGCCCCUGUUUCCUGAUUUGAUUCAAAAUAAGACAAAAUUUUCGAGAGCGUUAUACACCAUUAAAUACCAACUUCACUUGGAGCCUUUAACAGUAACACAUGUAUAUCGACAUAUUAGUACACAGUAUGAAUCAGCAGAAAAGGGAGAAAUUCAUUAUACAGGUUUAAAAGGUAGAUUUGCAUCUUUGAAAAUUGACUUACACCAAAGGAGAAUUAAAUUAAUACACCAAAAUGAACGAUUGAAUAAAUCAAAACCUGUCUGGAAAUUGAAGAUGAGUACCGGUGAAAUUGAUUGUUCAGAAGCCGAUAUUAGAAUAUUAUCUACAGUCUUUGACCAAAGUAUUAUGGAGGAAUUGUUGAGUACGCCAACAAAUAUUAACGGGCUAGAUGCGGAGGUGGAUUCAGUCCAGGAGAAUGAUGCUAUCGAUAUGUUGAAAGGUUCAGAAUGGUAUGACCAUGAGGAUUAUGUCGAUCUGAAUCAAGUUUCUCUAAAUUCGUCACUUCCACUGAAAUUGGAAGCUAUUCCGUUCCUGUAUUCACCACGUAUAUCAUAUUUUAGAAAAAUCAAUGAUGCAGGUUAUAUGGUCGCUUUUCCAUUUAGUUCUGAAGAGUCUCAUGAUUGUUUAAUCGGAAAAAAUCAUCCAGAAAAGACUCAAGAAACUCUUGCACAGGGAAGAUUCAACGAACUAACAGAUGAAAUAAAAAACCUAAAUGAGGCAUUAGAAAUCUUAAAUAAAAAUCACAAAAUGACUUUUGAAAAAAAGGCUAAGAUUGACUCAUUAAAUUUAGAAUUGCAUGAUUUGAAGCACAGAUUGCAUAUUGUACACGAUAUCCUUAAAGACUUAAAGAUUUCGGAAGAAGUUUCCAGUACAUUUUCUAAUUCAGAUGAUGAGGAAAGCUCGAUUGGAGACGGACACUUGACUGUUUCGGAGUCUAGUGUUGAGCCCUCAAAUAUGUCCCUCCUAAGAACGGACACAAUUGAAUCGUUUGCUUCAAUGAGACGUGCUUCCACCAUCCAGCAUUCUUCAACGUACGACAACAGAUUUAUAAUUCAUAACAUCCAACUAAGGUUCGAUAAGAAAAUUAGGAAUCACAUGUUAGAAUAUGCCACAAAUAUAGCCGAAAGAACGUCAAUGCGUUACUCAUUAACAUAUAAAUCAGUAACAAUAUUAAAGGAUUUACUUAAAAAUGUACUAGAAAGUACAAAGACAACGAUGGAUGAUGGAAGCUCAAUUUCCGACGAAGAUUUGAUCUCGAACGUGGAAUUCAUCGAAGAGUUUGAAGAAUUAAUUAGAGAAGUUCCCGAUGCAAAUUUUGAUGCAGUGGACAACUAUCUAAUCAGAUUAAUUUCUCCUCAAGUACAGAUCAGAUCGCCAUGCGAACCGAACACCACAGUCAUAUUAGCGGCAAGAGAUAUCGAGGUGGGUAUAAUUGAUAUUGUUCAAGUUAUGAAUAAAGAAGGAAGAAAGAUAGCAUUGGAUGUGGAUACAGUGGUUGAAACAAGAUAUUGUGCGGUAUCAAAGGAUAUCCAAUUAUUCACACUAUUCAAAGACGAUCUAAUCAAAUCCCCUAUUAAAGGCCUUCAUAGAAAUGGAUAUGGAACUGAUAGAUUCUCCGAAUUUUGGCCCCCAUGGAUACCGUUAGAAAUGUGCUUUGACGGAACCCUACUGGCUAAACAUGUUUUCUUAAAAAGGAGAUCAAUGUUCUGUACCUUUAUAGCCCCCAACCCCUUAUAUGUAGGAGACAAGAAGUUGAAAAACAUUUCCAUUGACUCGAAGAUACGUGUUGGAUUCCCUGCUUUAAUUCUUACAUCAACUUCACAACAAUAUUGCUCAGUAUAUGCCAUAACGCAAGAUCUCCUAUCAUUUGGUUCCAGUUUAGACGAAAAAGUUGAAAAGUUAUCGCAGGUUCUAUUUGCAGACGAAGUUCGUAACAAUUUGGAUCGUCUAGAUGUGUUGGCAAUAACAAAUUUGCAAGAAAUGAUUAAGCAAUUAUACUGCACUAGAGCGUUCCUAAAAGUUCAUGACCCUACUCUCUUCCGAACGACAGCACAAAAAAUAACCUUUGAAAUCCAGACAAACGUUUUGAAAUUAACUCUCCUUAUGACCGCUAUCAAAAAAAAUUAUGAUAAAAUUGGUAAAAAUAGUCCUUCAUUUCAAAGAAAAUUAAAAUGGCAGGUUGGUACAGAUAAGCUUUUGUGGGAAUUGUUUGAUGUUGACAAAAAUCCAUUCAUCACUAUUGGAAUGGGACCUUCGACAUUUGUUAGAUCUCAAAUGUCCAGUGGGUUGAAUAGCAACAAGGUAUUUAUUACUUCUUUGAAAUGUUUCAACCAACAAGACACGCCGAUCUUUGGAGAACUUUUGGCUCCAUUUUAUAGUAAUUCCAGUUACGAUGAAACAUUGCCCAUGAUUGAAAUUUCUUGGGUCCAGACACCUCCUGUUGGAGGCAUAUCGAAUCUAGAACAAAUGAUCGUCUCCUUACAACCGAUUGUUUUUAAAAUGGACCAUGUAACUUCAGAAAAAAUAAUGAGUUAUUUAUUCCCAAAAAUUGAUGUAGAGAAUAUUUCAGGGACAUCAGCCAGCAUAACCAGUGGUAUGGCAACAUCGAACAUAUCAAGACAGGCUUCUUUUUUGAGUCUGGCUAAUAGUGGAUCAUCUCUCAGUAAUAUGAAAGACGUAGAUUCGUGGGAUUUAACGAGUAUUCAUAAUACACCAGGAAGUCCAAAAUUGCCCAAAAAGGAACCAGGGAGGGUAUCUAGUGCAUUUUUUAGCCACUCCAAAGAAAGUAUAAAUGAAAUGGUUAAACGGUCUGGAGUGUAUUUUAAUGUUGGGACAAUUACUAUAAAAAACACGGAGAUGUCCAUUUGCUAUAAAGGUGCACAUAAGGUCCUUACGGAUGUAAAUGAUUUAAUUAUCAAGGUUCCUACUUUAAAUUAUCAAAAUAAAUUGUGGUCCAGGGACGAAUUUUUUAAUGCAUUGAAGCAUGAUAUUGUUAAAAUCGUCUUACACCAUCUUGGAAAAAUUGUUGGAAACAAAUUUUUGCCACAUAAGAAGGAGAAUAAGUUAAAGGUUUCAACUGACAUUAAACAGCUUUUAAGUUCAACAUCAGAUAAAAGCAGAAACGGUCGUAUCAGAGGCUCUAACACAAGUUCCAUGAGGACUAGUCUCUCAAGGCAAUCACCAUUGGAUUUAGAUGACCUUGAACAGGAAAUAAUGAGUGAUGAAGAUAUUAAACCUUUUUUUCCAUUUACAGGGUCAGAUAGCGCAUCACAUCUUGCUCCUUAA